GGCGGGAAAGUCGUGCGCCUGCGCACUAAUCAUCCCGUUCGGUCUCGGAUCUGAGGGAGGAAGGGCCUUCCCCACUCUGCUCGCGGCCCGCGCUCCCCAAGGGAUCCCAUUCAUUCCCUCUUCCCUUUUUCCUUCCGGCCCUCGCGGCCAAUAUGGUAUCAAUUCUCCAGCAACUUGCGUGGGGCCUUGGACGAGCUUCCUGGCGCUCCCUCUCACUAGUCAAGCGAUUUCCUCAAGUCCUCUUUCUCAGGUCAAACUGCUCUCCUCACUGAGGUCUCCCUCCCACUCCCCAUUCGCCAGACGUCUGACCCCGGGGCAAGGUCGGUCCCGGGGCACCGUGCCCUGCACCCUGACUAGGAAUUUACCUCCAGCUUACUGCCCAUAUUUCUGGAAGGUAAAAGUGAAGCAAAUGGAAUCCUUAGAAAUGGCCCACCGUUUUUCUCCUUUGGGGAUUUGAGCAUACGCUGCCUUGCUCCUCUGUGGACAUGACCCCUUAGCUGGCAUUUUGCAUCCCAGUUGUUUUGUGAUGGAGGCGUCUUUAGGAAUUCAGGUGGACGAACCUAUGGCAUUUCCUCCCCUGCGUGAGGGGUUGCAGACCGAUGGCUCGUUAAAAAAACAUGAGCAGAAUUUUAAACCACCAGGUGUUAAAAAAGAUAUUGAGAAGCUUUAUGAAGCUGUACCACAGCUCAGUAAUGUGUUUAAGAUUAAGGACAAAAUUGGAGAAGGCACUUUCAGCUCUGUUUAUUUGGCCACAGCACAAUUACGAGUAGGACCCGAAGAGAAAAUUGCUUUAAAACACUUAAUUCCAACAAGUCAUCCUAUAAGAAUUGCCGCUGAACUUCAGUGCCUAACAGUAGCUGGGGGGCAAGACAAUGUCAUGGGAGUUAAAUACUGCUUUAGAAAAAAUGAUCAUGUGGUUAUUGCUAUGCCAUAUUUGGAACAUGAGUCUUUUUUGGACAUCUUGCAUUCUCUUUCCUUUCAAGAAGUACGGGAAUAUAUGUUUAAUCUGUUCAAAGCUUUGAAACGCAUUCAUCAAUUUGGUAUUGUUCACCGUGAUGUAAAGCCCAGCAAUUUUUUAUAUAAUAGGCUCCUGAAAAAGUAUGCCUUGGUAGACUUUGGUUUGGCUCAAGGAACUCAUGAUACGAAAAUAGAGCUUCUCAAAUUUGUCCAGUCUGAAACUCAGCAUGAAAGUUGUUUACAAAAUAAAUCCCAUCUAAUCACCGGAAACAAGUUUUCAUUAAGCGGCCCAGCAGCACCUAAGGAGCUGGAUCAGCAGCCCACCACAAAAACUUCUGUUAAAAGGCCCUACACAAAUACACAAAUUCAGAUUAAACAAGGAAAAGAUGGAAAGGAGGGAUCUGUAGGCCUUUCUGUCCAGCGCUCUGUUUUUGGAGAAAGAAAUUUCAAUAUACACAGCUCCAUUUCACAUGAGAGCCCUGCAGUGAAACUUAUGAAGCAGUCAAAGACUGUGGAUGUACUAUCUAGAAAGUUAGCAACAAAAAAGAAGGCCGUUUCUACAAAAGUUAUGACUAGCGGUGUGAUGAAGAAAACUACCAGUUCCUGCCCAGCUAACCUGACCUGUGACUGUUAUGCAACAGAUAAAGUUUGCAGUAUUUGCCUUUCAAGGCGGCAACAAGUUGCCCCUCGGGCAGGUACACCAGGAUUCAGAGCACCAGAGGUCUUGACAAAGUGCCCCAAUCAAACUACAGCAAUUGACAUGUGGUCUGCAGGUGUCAUAUUCCUUUCUUUGCUUAGUGGACGAUAUCCAUUUUAUAAAGCAAGUGAUGAUUUAACUGCUUUGGCUCAAAUUAUGACAGUUCGUGGAUCCAAAGAAACUAUCCAAGCUGCUAAAACUUUUGGCAAGUCAAUAUUGUGUAGCAAAGAAGUCCCAGCACAAGACUUGAGAAAGCUCUGUGAGAAGCUCAGAGGUAAAGAAUCUAACACUCCUAAAUUAGCAAGUGAUAUACAAGGGCCUGCUUCUCAUGACCCAACUUGUUCGGAGAAGACUGUCCAUAAAGCUUCUCACCUCACACAGACACCUCAAGCACAGCAGUCGGGGAAUUCAUUGUAUAAAGGGAACAGAAAUGCCUGUGGGGGUCGUUUUGAUGUGCAUACUACCAAUCUAGAAGGCUGGGACGAGGUACCUGAUGAAGCUUAUGACCUGCUGGAUAAACUUCUAGAUCUAAAUCCAGCUUCAAGAAUAACGGCAGAAGCAGCUUUGUUGCAUCCUUUUUUUAAAGAUAUGAGUUUGUGAUUAUUGUUCUUCAUUUAAUGUUUGCUGUUGUGUAUUGUGAGGUGGGGUGAAAGAGUUCUUUGUAUAGCCAUAAGUUCUUGAUUAGAGACCAGGGCAGGAUGAAUAAUUUAUUUUAAAAUUUUAGUUUUUCUUCUCUUGGCAGAUUCUAAAAUAUGGAUUAAGAUUACUUAAGAUGCCUGGAGUAGUUCUUUGGACUAACAACAUGAUCUUUGAGUUAGAGUUGCGCAAGGAGAAUCAGCUCUUAGUUUCCCUAAUUACUUGUCACUGCCAUAUGCAGAAAAAGGAGCAUUUUUGGACUAGUACGUAGGAGUUCAAAGUGCAAGUCUUACAAUUAAUGGGUGUUUUAGAGAUUCAGUGAGUCAAAAAGCUUUCUUUAUUGGUUUAUUUGAACUAUGAGCUGUGUGUACUUUUGGAAGAUUCAACCUGGUGCUGGUGCUCUAACCAUUCUGUAUGUUAAGAAAAUAAUGUCCACUUCAAGAGGCAUAAUUUCUUCCUUUUAUGAACACUAAAACAAUUAAUGAGAAAAUGUUUGGGGGGAUAUCACUUAAAGUUAAAUUUAAUUUAUUCAUUUUUUAAAGUAUUUUGUGAAUUUAUUGUGAGAAUUGCCAUGUUUUUCUUAAUGGUCUCUCUUGAUUUUUCUGCCUUCUCUACCUCCACUUUACAAAUUACAUGGUGCUUUCCACAAGGUUUCUGGGUGCUUUGUUAAAUAUUGUGUGUUUACAGUUGAAAACUUAAAAUAAUGCAUGCAUUGGUUGAUAAAGGGAAGCCACAGGACCAAAGUGAUGAUUGAUAGUCCAAAAUUUUUUGUUAUUCUCUGAAUGUUUUUUUUCACACCAUCUUCAGUAUAAUUAGGUAGCUGCUAAAAGGAAAAGUGAACACAGAAUUGAGACUACUAUUGGAGAUUUUUCCUCUGCCUAGAGCCAUCCAGAUCUCUAUAUUCUAUUUUGACUAAGUUGGUCUUGUCCAGAGAGGUUAAUUACCAGAGUCUUGGUUGAGAUGGGAAGAGAGAUAAUGAAGUAGGCAAAGUAGGAAAGGACAAAAGAGAGAGGUUUAUGUAUUAUUAUAUUCCAAAAUGAUAUAUAUCAAUGACAGCAUAUCACACUUCCUAUGAGAAAUAAGUCUGAGAAUAUUGACCUGAGAAGUUUCUCAUUUAGUAGUCAUAGUAGUCAUAAAAACAGCUUAAUGAUAUAUAACAUUUAUUUGGUUAUUUUGAACAUGGAAGUCCGUACAUCUACCUGCUCUGUUUGGUAAGUACAGUAUAUAUAUGAACCAUUACCAUUGAUCUACUCUCUCAUCUUAUGCUGUAGUCUUUUAAAAAAACAAACUUCAAUGUUCUUGAAUUUAUAUGUUUAAUAAAGUUAUCUUUUUAUAUUUUUUAUGUCAGGCUACUCAUUUGAAAAAGACCUUUUCUUAAAAUAAGUAUUGACCACUGGAAGUAUUUUCCUGGUGAGAUUGAUGAAUGCUCUCUCUUCAGCAAAUAGUAGGUAGUAGAUUUUUUAAAAAUUCUCUUGCUCAAGUAAUAUAUAGAAGAUAGAAGUAGAUUUUUUUUAAUAGAAGAGGAGCUUGUUGACUUCAUUUAUAGGAUGUUUGUUACACGUAAUAAAGCAGUAAACCAUCUCAGUAACUAAAAUGAAGUCUUAGCUAAACAAAAUUUUCUAAAUGUGACUCACAAUCAAGUUAACAUUCUUAAAAAAUUAACAUGAAGAAAAAUUUAAUUACCCAAAGGAAGUGCAAGGAAGGAGAAAUUCUCUAAGAAAAAUUAAUAUUCAGGGCUGGCUAUUUUUCAAAUUCUCAUUAAUGUCACUUUUAGACUAGCACUUGGUUGAUACACAAGGAGAGGUAAAGGAGGCUAAUGUUUUUUAAAAACAUAUCCAGUAUUACAAAUUAGUUCUCAGGUAAUUUUAGUCCCACUAGAGAAUAUUGCCUCAGUUUGGGGUUCUAUCUAGGUAAAAUUAUCAAGGAACUUCCAUACACAUAUCAUUUAGAUUUUUCGGCCUUCCAAAUACCAUUUUAUAAUGACAGAUAUUUCCCUAAAAGAUUUUAAUUAGGUAAAAUGGUCAUUUUAAGGGAAAGAUUAAGAAGGUAAAUAGUUAAUACCACUUUCUUUUAUGGAGGUUACCAGAAUAUUCAGCUAUUUUUCAAUGUCAGCUUUUUAAAAUUCUUAUUGUACAGAUUCUUGAAAUUAAACUGUUAAGGGUGUUUUCAUUUAAUCCUAGACAUUUAGAACUAUUACUAUAACAAGUUACAAGUAUUGGUUUUCAAAAUAGGCUUCAACUCUAUAGCAUUUUUAAUGAAAUGUUUCCUUAUAAGGAGAUGAUUAUGGUUGUCUUAAUGACCUGAAUAAAAAUAUGGCUCAAGAAUGGUUAUUCCAGAGAAGUAAACUUAGUUUAUUUCAAAAUCUGAACAAAAGUCAUCAAGUGAUGUUAAUCUCAUGUUUCUGGCAUCUGCAUUUUGGAAACAAAAUGGUGUUAUAGAUGUCAGAAUAUUGAUUGCAUAAAAUCUUGAAACCCACAAAACUCAUAGGCUUAGGACUUAGUAAUUUCUGCUGUUUAUGUAAUUUCAGCCCUGCACGUCACCGAAAAGUUAUUUAUCUUAAGAAACUGUGGCCAAAUUUGGCGGAUAAUGCUGUCUGCCAGUGUCUGUAGAUGUAUUGUUUCCGCCUACAAUUGUGUGUGCUGCCUGUGGUCUUUAAAGAACACUAGCUAAUAGAAACGUCAAUUCUAUUCAGAUUUUUAACUGUGUUCUUAGAACUGAUGUUGCCUCCAUCCUAAUUUUGUCAGAUUAUGUGUUUGAACUGUCUGCUUUUCUGAAAGGUAGAUAUCACCUAUGUACUAGAUAAGUAAUCAUAAGUAGUUAAUGCUGUGUCAAAUUAUAGCAAGAUUUUCAACAGAGUUACCACAGAGGUCAGUGCUAAGGCAAAUAUUUAGUAAAUAAUGACACUUUAGAUAUUUAGAGUAAAAAGACAUCUUAGAAAAGCAACAGCAAGUUGGGCGAGAAAAUUAUAAAAAUAAGGUUCAGAAAAGUGAUUACAGAAUAAUUUGAGCUUAAUUUGACCUGCAAACUUUUUUUUCUCAGAAGAAAAUGAACUAAAAGAAUGCGUUGUCCUUGACCUCUGUUUUGAGUGUUUUAAAAAUUUAACAAUAAUAUAUGGAAAAUAAUUCAAAAGGAUAAGCAAAAAUUUAUUUGGAAAUUGUGUACAUAGCUAUUAUAAGACAAGAAAGAUGACUAGAAAACCGAUGUCAGUGGUUUAGAAUUUCGAUUUAAACUUAUACCAUGCAUAAAAUGCCCUUUUAAAUUUAACACAUUAUGCUGUGCCCUAGCUCUUAAGCAGAUUCUAUCUCGGGCCCUACUGAAGUAAUUCUUUGAGGAAGGUAACACGUUUCACACAAGAAAAUUUAAUGCUACUUUGUGAAAGCAAAUAGAGAAUAGUUUCUAGAUUCAUUUCUAGUUCUAGAUUUAGAGAAGGCCAAUAUCACUCUAGUAGGGAACCAGGGACAAAUCAAGGGAUGGACUUAUGACAUCCUGAAAUUAACAGUAAUAACAUUGUCAGCUGGUGGGGUGAGUAGCACAAAUAGCAAAAUAAAAGAGUCAUUGGUAAUUUCUUUCUAAUCAGAAUUUUUGUACAUGUUCCUUAUCUAUAUUCUGUUGGUGUGUUUUUAUAUGUGUGUAUUUAAUUAUGUAUUCACCCUUUGUGUAAAUUCCUUCUAUAACUUUCUGAAGUCUGUAGCAUAUGAUCUAGAAAUGACUCCAACUAGGACAAGACCAAGACAGUAAAUCAGAAACAGAUGCAUGGUUUUGUAGCCUCACAUUGUUGUUUUAGCUCUGUCCAUAAGCAAAAGGAGCAGGGCCUGGUGAAUCCUGCCACCUACGUAUUUCUCUAAACAUUCUUAGUUCCUUUUACUUGGUAGAAGUUUCUUCUAGCAUGUUGCUAGUCUUCCUACACUCAAAAGUUCUGAUUAAAAACAAAACCAGUUCCACGGUAUUUGUAUGUGUAUGAGUAAUCUUUAGACAAGUAUUAGCAAUGCUGCUUUACACUUUUCUCCAAGCUCGUGAUAUAAGUCUGAUAUUCUGUGAGUGUUCUUUUUGUCAUUUUAAUGUUUUACUUUAAAACUUCAUAAAUGUCCAUAUUAAAUUUGUUAUCACUUCUUUGUAUGAAAAUAAACAGCGUCUUAAAUCUCUUGUGUA